GCUGGCGGCGGCGGAGCGGAGGGGAGCGCGGAGAAGCGGGGAGGCAUCCCGAAAUCCUGGAAGUGCACUGAAACAAAACGGGGCAGUACUUGAAGGCUUGACAAAUGCAUCCCAGGUUGAAAAACUUCUGCAUUCCUUCUCCUCUUCCUCCUUUAGAAAAUUGACUUCAUUAAAGAGGUAAGAGAGAAGCAAAAGAAGUAAGAAAAUGCUGGGAACAGAACGAGGUGUCGUGGAAGAAUGGCUGUCAGAAUUCAAGGCAUUACCUGAAUCACAAAUUUCCAGCUAUGCAGCUACAUUGCACCGAAAAAAACCAUUGGUACCAGCUCUUUAUAAGGUCAUUCAAGACCCAAAUAAUGAGCUCCUGGAGCCCGUUUGCCACCAGCUCUUUGAACUUUAUCGUAGUUCUGAAGUUCGGCUCAAGAGAUUCACGCUGCAGUUCUUGCCGGAGUUGAUCUGGGUGUACCUGCGUCUGACUGCCAGCAGGGACAGGCAGAGUAACGGCUGCAUCGAAGCGCUGCUGCUGGGCAUCUACAACUUGGAAAUUGCUGACAAAGAUGGAAACAACAAAGUUUUAUCUUUCACCAUCCCUUCGUUAUCUAAACCCUCAAUAUAUCAUGAGCCCUCUACUAUCGGGUCCAUGGCUUUAACUGAAGGAGCUCUAAGUCAGCAUGAUCUAAUCAGAGUAGUUUACAGUGAUCUUCAUCCUCAAAGAGAAACCUUCACAGCACAGAACCGGUUUGAGGUGCUGAGCUUUCUUAUGCUAUGCUACAAUUCUGCUAUUGUCUAUAUGCCUGCUUCUUCUUACCAGUCCCUUUGUACGAUGGGUUCCAGGCUGUGUGUGAGUGGAUUUCCACGGCAGCACGAGAAACGCUGGAAGGAGCCCUGUGGAAGAGUGGUAUUAGACCCUGACUUCAUGGUGCAGCUGCUCACAGGUGUCUAUUAUGCCAUAUAUAAUGGUCAGUGGGAACUUGGCCAAGAGGUAUUGGAGGACAUAAUUUACAGAGCACAGCUUGAACUCUACUCACAGCCUCUGCUGGUUGCAAACGCCAUGAAGAACUCGCUGCCCUUUGACGCUCCCGACGCAUCGCAGGAAGGCCAGAAGGUACUGAAAGUGGAAGUUACUCCAACGGUGCCGAGGAUUUCUCGGAGUGCUAUUACAACAGCCUCUAUCCGUCGGCAUCGCUGGAGGAGAGAAGAUGGCUUUGACUUCUCAAACGAGGCUGACUCAAGCAUUCCUGGCUCACCGAUCCAACACGGCUCCACAGACCUAGGGAUCAAACGUGAGCAAGAGGGGGAGGUGCUGAUGCGCAGGACCCCUGAGCAUGGCUUCCCGGAGCCCACCUUGGCAGCAGCCACCACAGAGGAUACUGAAGGUGUAAAUGGAAGAGAAGAGUCUGUGAACCUCAAUGAUGCUGAUGAAGGAUUUUCAUCAGGAGCUUCCCUCAGCAGCCAGCCCGCUGGGACCAAACCUGUAUCCUCUGUCUCGCAGAAGGGCAGCUUAAGGAAAACAGCAAGUGGGCGUUCUUCUAAGGAGAAAGAAACCUCUUCUGCAGCAAAAUCUAACGAGAGCCCCCGAGAUUCAGUAGCUCGAAAGCAGUACACGCACCAAUCCACUGACCUGGCUGGAGACACAGUCGAGAUGACACCUACUAAGAAACACCUCAGCCUGCCUGCUGGGCAGGUGGUGCCAAAAGCCAACAGCUUGAGCCUGAUCAGGACCGCCAGUGCUUCCUCCAGUAAAUCAUUUGACUAUGUGAACGGCAGUCAAGCAGGCUCCAGUGUUGGAGCUGGUACAGAGGGUUUUUCCAGUCUAGCAGCUGGCAACACCAAUCGGUUUUCAACUAUCAGCCUACAGGAGGACCGACUAGGCCAAGCUGGGGAAGGUAAAGAUCUCCUUACCCCAGGAGCUCCCCUGACCAAGCAGUCUCGAUCUCCAAGUUUUAAUAUGCAGCUGAUAUCCCAGGUGUAACUUUGACUCCCUUCCUUAGUACUCCCUCUUUCCCCUUAAUCCCCUGCAAGUUCAUCCUUAGGCAAAACAUGAACCAUCAUCCCACAGUGUGAAAAUACUGACUGUUGUGAUCUCGUUUGAGUUGGUUUAGCUAUCAUACUGUAUUACUGAAACAGCAAUAAUUCUUCCCUCACCUUCAUCCUCCUUCCCCCUUGUAAACAUGGUUGUGAAGCAGUAUAUAAUGUACUGUAUGCCUUUUUCCAUGCCUUCCUUUCUCCUUGGGUGAUGUGCAAUCCAUCGUAGGCUGAUCAGUCCCAUUUCAACACUGUGAGACUGGAGACACCGGCGGAAAUGGUGAAUGUGAUCCCUAUGAGAUGAUGCUUUGGCUUUGUUAAGAAAUAGAAACGGGUUUGUUUUCUCGGUCUACAGUACUGCAAAGUCUACUGGAUCAUGACUUUUCUUUCUCAGAACCAGGAGUGCCUCAGAGAUUCUAGUGUGACUUUGGACCUCUCUGAGUCUGUGCAGUCAAUUCUGGGGAGGGGAUUGUCAUUGCUGCUCCUGGCUGCCUACAGCACUUUUUUCAUAAAAAUGAGGGUAGUUUUUUCCUGACUGCCCCCAGUCUCUCAUCCUCUCAGCUUUUGAUGUUCAGCAACUGAGACGUGUAUUAACAAGCUGUUUUCCCUCGGAGAGAGGAUUCUAAGUCGAUAAUGUAGGUUACAAUGCACUUCUAAUGGCGUUGUAGCCAUUUGUAAUGUUACAUGUCUUCCCCUCCAGGACACAGGGUCAUUCUGCAUUUAGACUAAAAUUUACACAUCACCAUGCUGUUAGAGCAACUUGGUUUGUAAAUGGGAGGGAAACACUACUUUCCCAGGAAAUAAUGGCUAGCUCUGCUCCAUUGUUGUUGUUUUUGUUGUGAGGUGCUGAUCACUGAAUUGAAAGGUGUAUUCGGGUAAAGAGUAUUUCUCAGGCUGCUUUCUUUGGUAUCGUGGCUGUUGGGACACCCCCACCCCUUUCAGCUGCUUUCUCAAUGUCCCUGAAUUAAAUCCUGGUGUCAUUUGAGGAAUCCUGCAGUCCAGACAGACCAGACUCUCAAGGUGCUGUCUCAGGGAUAGAGACAAUAGUUUGCUAGAAACACUGAAGCUUCAGUGUGAAAUGCUUUUCUAGCAACGCUGUUUGUGCAAAGGGGUACCGACAGUCCUUUUCUCCCCGGAAGGAUCACACUUCAUUGCCUUGGUAUAUGUAAUCUGUUGAGGUUUUUUAACUCUUUAUUUUAGUGGAUUGACCCUCCUCUAGAAAAUUCAGAACUCGUGCCAUUGAGCCAAGCCUUGAAUGUAUAUGACUGGUGUAUGGGCACUGGCUGGUACUUAUGCCAGAGGACACUGCUUAGAAGCACAUUUCUGGUUACGUGGGAGAAUGUUUGUCAUUCCCUCUCCAUCUCUCUGUAUCUCUCUUUGGAUUGAUGGAGAGAAAAGGGGAAAGCUCGUUCUCUAUGCUUGAGUCAUGUAUGAUACCCUGGAAGUUUACAAAUUGUAAACCUGCAGGAAGGUUAUGUUUUUUAUGUGGGCACUUUGGUUUCACUGUCACUGUGAAGGAUAAACGUAAGCAGUUAAAAACAGCAGGCUGUCUUUGAAUGUCUUUUGGGCUUUGGGGGUUUUUGGGGUUGGUUUUUGUUUGUUUGUUUUGGGGUUUUUUUGUGGGUUUGUUUUUUUUUUCUUUUGACUCUUUAUUUCAAAUAGAAUUUUUCUUUUCAAAUUUGCAUUUUCAUUUAAAUAUUUGAAGAUUUUUUUAUGGUUUGGCAAGUCACUUUGGUAGCCUAGUCUUCAUAUCAUACGUUCAUAAAGCGAAUUAAAUGGCAUCUGGACUGAUGCAGAAAUUCAGUUAGAGUAAAUAGACUCAUCAGAAAGAAAGAAAACCUUACAGUUUCUAAACGGAAGUUUAAUCUUUAAGGACACGAGUCACACACAGAUGGAACUAAGGUGAAGUGAGUUAAGCUGCAAGGCUUACGUUUCUGUAAAAAUGUCAAAAGCUGUAUAUGGUUAAACUCUUCUUUAUAAAAUAAAGUUUUGGUAGUGGGGACAGUUUGUAAGUCAUGGCUGAAAGUACAAAGUUUAUACUUUGUGGAGACCACCAAAAAGGAAAUUGCUUAACUCUUUUGGAAAGAAAAGGUCAAGAGCUUCGGAUUAUUUUCUAAGAGUUACUUAAUUUUAGUAUUUUAAAAAGUAGAGUCGUUCAUUAGGAAGGCUCUCUGCUGUCUACUGUUUGCAUUGUAAGCAUUCCUCCAGAAGUUUUAGGACACUUAAAUUGGCAUCAGAUCAAAUAUUACAGUGUUUUUUAACAAAUAUUCUUUUGUGGGGGGGUCCCACACUAUAAAACUAUUUUAGGAAAGUGAGAGAGCUUUAGUGACUUCAGAUUGGGAAGUCAGUUUGAGUUGGCUAAAACUUAAGUCAGACUUUCUUAUCUUUCAAGGUAUUUUUACAGUUUUCAUUUUGAUGUGCCUUUUGUUACAGUUUCAUUCACUGUAUUUUGGUUUGUUCUUGUGUAUAUAUACCUAUUCCAUAUCAGUCUUUUUAAAAUGAGUUCAAGUUUAUCCCUGUAAAAAAAUUAAUUUUUGCUCUAUGCUAAUGCGGUACAUCUAUAACUUCUCAAAAUUACCCUUUUAGUGCAGUCAUUGGAGCUUGUUUUGUUGUUUUCCAGCCACCAAGUACUGUUUAAUAUUUCUCUUACAAAUUGAGUCAUCACUGAUAUCUACAAAGCAGCUGUAGUAACAGGCUGUGCAGUGCUGUGUGUCACGUUUAUCAUUAAUGCUUCUAAAUGUGUCUCAAACUACGCUAAGGUGUGUCAAGAUUGGAGAAAAAAUUCACACACUUCAGUUCAGUACACUUCAAAGUACUGUGGCAGAAAUAAAAUUAGAAGUGUCUGGGAUAUGGGUGGAGGGAAAAAUCUGCUGGCUUUCUGAUUACAUAUGCUAAAUACUAAACAACGUACAAAACACACUGAAAUUUUCUGACACCCGUGACAAAUGUUUAGACUUAAAUCAAACCUCUUCAUCCUAAAUUCACUCUGCUGUGUCUUCUUUUGGAACAUUUGGUACUUGACACGAGGCACUAGGUUUAGAUUUCUGCAGUAUUUCAGUGCAGCUGCAGCAUUAUAAAAGAAGGACAAGAAGCAGAAAACUGAAUUUUUUAUUUUUCCCCCCUCUGCGUGCAUGAAUGCACAUACAUAUAAUUCUGAGGUGAGAAAGUGUGGAUACUAUAUUCUGAUGUAUAUGUACACUCAAGUAGGAAAAAAUUAAAUAUUCUUUGAUACACAUCACAGAAUGCUGCCAUUUUGAAACUAAUUUCUGCUGGGCUUUGUAAUUUUAAGAAAAUACAGAAUAUUGGUAUUGUGAACUCCAGCUUGAUUACCCUUUUCAGGGAUUUAUUGUGAGCAGAUUUUUUUGGAAGAUGAACCGUUAUUUCAUCCUGCAGACAGCAAAGUGAUGAAGUAACAAUACCUAUUAAAAUCAAUGUUGCAAGAUGACAGUUUAAAUUGCUGUAUUAUCUCGUUAGUUUUCAAUUGGAGACUCCCAUGUCACUGUCCAUUUUAAAUGCAGAUUUCUUUGAACACCUUUCUAAUGUGAAUUUGGAGAAGUUUUUUUAACAGCAUACUUCGUUCUGUAAUGCUGAACAUCAUGUUGCAUCCAGUAAGCAUUAGAUCUAGUAUUUGUAGCUCACAAUUCAACUAUUUGUGUUGGUCUUAAAUACAACAUUUGCAGCGUACUCCUGCUAGCUUUAACAUAACUACAGUCAUCAAAAUAGUGAGGAAAAAAAUGUUUUCUGACAAAGUAUUUAUUUGCACUAUUUAUGAAUACUGGAGUUUACUGGGACAGGGUUUUUUCUCACCAUGUGAGGUUUACUUGUGUGUGAGUAGGUACAUACAUUUGUCACGUGUUGACAAUCAAUUGCCUCAACUGUGUGUAUACUGUAUGUAAAUAGGAACAUAUUUUUCAAGAUUAAAGGGGGAAACCUGCAUCUCAGUGGUGGUAAAGCUACUCUGCAGCAGGGUGACCCCAACUCUAACCGCUUUUUGUCUUCAGAUACUAUGUGGUUUGUUUUACUUCUUUAAUGAAGAUUAUUAGUGUUCUGGGAAAACUUUAGCUCCAGGGAAAUUUUCCUCAAUAUUUAAUGUACAACAUGUUCAGAGAAUUAUAUUUUGAAAAAUUAAUUUUGGAAUAGAUAAUUCUAUGCUAUGGCUGUAUUUUAACCUAAGAGUUUGAACUUGUCCUAUUUAAUCAUGAACCAAUGGCUAUCUUUUUUAAAUGUCCAGCAUUUUAACUUCAGUCACAAACCAGAAAUUUUUGUUUAUCUUGGCUUACAAAUUUAAAUUAAUUUGAAGACUAAGAGAGAAUCAAGGAUAACUUUUUGAAGAAAAUCAUAAAACUCAAGCUGUACAGUGUAGGUACUGUGCUCAUAAUCCUGGAGGAGAUAUAGCAAAUAUAAUGGAAUAUGUUUGAAUUAAAUGUAUGUACUACACAAAAAACAAUACUUCCGAUAUUAGCAGAUCUAAUAAUCUCAUCCUUAAAUUCUGAAAUUCUCUCAUUGCCAAAGAUAUUGCUACCUUGGCACAUUAAAUAUAGCAUUAAAGCCACUAGCUGGGUCUCAUUUAUGACAACCACUUAUAAUGUCCAUCAGAAGAAUACACACGGCCCUUUUAUUUCAAUUUCUUGUUUAGGAUAAUUGCAGAGCUAAAAUUGCAAAGUACCAUUCCUUUUCAAGCAUGGUAAGCAAAGAAGCCAGAUCCUCUGUACUUGCAUUGCAUUCUUGAUUUAGAUAAGGUUUUUUGCAAUAUUUUAUAUUCUUUUCAGUAUUUUAAAUGCUAUUUGUUUCUAGCAUAUGGGCCUUAGUCUCUCUUGAUUAUUUUUUUAGGGUUUUGGAUAAACUUUGCUGUGGAAAGCUUUUCUGUAGGUGAUUCAGGGUAACAGAUCAUGACGUGGGUGUUGUGUUAGCGAAUAAAUGCAUCAGUCUGACAAAAUUCUCAUGUUUUUACCAACCAAAGAGCCAAAAUACUUGCUCCUUCCACAGUGAUGGAAGAUGACGGUGGGCUGUGAGCAACGUGGCUUGUUCCUGAAAACAGCAGUAAGUGGAUUUUGCAAGACUGAUACGUAUGAAGUUUUUCACAUAGUCACUAUGAAAUUUUAUUUGAAAUAAAUCUUAGAUCAAGAUUUUUUAAAAUGUAACAGCCAUUUCAGAUAAACUUGCCUAGUAGGUUUGUCAGGUGUCAAGGCGUGUGACAUUAAAAGUUUAGAAGCAAGCUGAAGAAGUCUGAGUACCUUACAACUUCAAGAAAAGGAUUUAGGAAACAUCUGUCCCAUGUUGUUUGUCUGUAUGCAAGAUUUAAUGGAAAAAAAAAUUGUUUCCAUUCUUUUAUUUGUUUUUCUCUAGGCUGUACCUCUCCCUGAUUUUUUUUAACUGUGUUCAUUAGAUUUUACCGAAGGUAGGAACCAAAUGAAUUUAAAAUGGGUCCAUAAAUUAUCCCUUCUAUCGUAAAGGAUUAAUAAGCUGUUCCUGCAAGGAGCUAUUGAUGGGAACAGAUGUAUAUUAAAACUUUGUACAGUAAAACGUUGCCCUACAUUUUAGCUUGUGCAUGAUGAGCAAAGUGAUGAGAUAAGGAUUUAUUGACCAAUAAAAAGCUCACAUGGUUGUGAGCUCCUAGUGUUUAAGAGUUGGUAAGAUGUAAGCAGUUUUAGAGAAAACUGUCUUUGCAUUCUGAUACCAACUUUCUUAAGCAAUUUACAUUUUGACUCUUGACAGGAUGAUUAAUCACAUGUUAAAAUAUGGUUUAGAAUUCACAUGGGUUUUGAUUUCAGAGGGUAAAAUGGUCAGGGAAGAUUUCUGUUUAUGAGUAUCUCCUGGUAAAGUGUCUCUAUGGUGCUUUGUCAUGGUAGCUUCCUUACAAAUCAGUAGUGAAUCCUAUGUGUUUGAGUCCUCAUCCUCCCCAGAACUGAUCACAAACAGAAAAAAAAACAGUGUGUGUGAAGCAACCUUUUACCUUUUGUUCUGAAACAAGUACUUGGGCGUGACAGAAAUACUGGCUAUUGACACUGUUCUUUCUGUUCAGGCAGUUAUUGUUGUUGUGCUAGACUUUCAUGUUAUUAGUUUAUGAAAAAUGCAAGUAGUAAAAACUUCGUGGCUUCAAGUAUACAGUAGAUGUGAGUUAACAAUCACUCAGGAUAAACCAACAUGUCAAAGUAUUAAUAGAUUCCUAGUAUUGGGGUGUCUGUGUGUGUCAGUGUGUCAGUGUUCAAUGAUUACUUUGAAAAAAGACAGUUUGAUUACAUUAAUAACAAUAAUAAUGAUGAUGAUUACUUUGUUACUGUUUUCUCGCAGAUAGUGCAUACUUUAGGGAUGGAUAUUACUAGCUGGUUAUUUAUGGACAAAUACCAUAUAAUUAAAUAAAACUGAGUCAUUUAACAUUUUUUUCAUAUCGAAGAUUCCAGGAAAAAGCUAAUAAAGAUUUUUAAUAAUUAAAUCAGCUACUCUUAAUACAUUCUAGAUUUACUAUGGUAGCUUUUAUUUGCUAUUAAAAACCCCAACAACUUAAUUGAGGUACCCCAUGCUGCAUUUUUUAAAUUUGUAAUUCCUGUACUUGACAAUGAAUCUUUUGAUCUGUUUUUGCCCUUGUAAGAAUACAGAAUUUGCUGUGUUUUACUAGCAAAAGGAACAUUCUGCAAGGGUUAAAAGAUUAUUUUCAUACUUUUUUCUGUCAUACCAGGUUUGUUUCUCUGAACUAGGGUUUCUGAGGAUUUUUACUACUUUAGCGUUCUGUAAUCUCAUAGAAGGAGCAUAAGCAGCACGUAGCCCACUGCUUGUGGACAGACAGGCAAGGCAAAGGACAUGGAUUGGUGGUGUGAGCCCCUCUUCACCAGGAUAGCCCUGCGUGCCUGGUGUGAACCCCAGGCGUUCGAGAUUCGGUACUGGUGAAGGACUAAACCAAACAGGUUUUUAAUAACCGUGACCUCUGCUGUAUGACGUCCUUUAACCUGGGACCAAGGAAAAUCUUCAUUCUUAGUCCUGAAGAAGGCACGUAUUGAAGAUCAUGUUAUUGGUGCAUGUAAGCCAUUAUCUUAACUGUCUUACUGAGCUGGUUCAUGCUGUUGACUUGUUGAAAUGUGAAAUGUAGUUACUAUUGACUUUGUAAAUACCUGCCAGAGAAGAAAUAUAAUUAUUUUAAAUCAUUGUAAAUAGAGAUGUAUAAAACUCGACACACUCUGCAAUGCAGAAAAAAAAAUUAUAUAUAUAUUUAAAAAUAUAUAAAGAUGUUAAAUAAAUAUCGUGCUGUUUCCGAACAGAAAUGA